AUGAGUAUCGUGGUUUAUAGUAAUGACACAACAGUGCCAGUUACAGAUUUAUCAAAUAUAGAUAGUGAUCAAAUUGUUAAUUCAGAUUACACAAAUCCUCUAUCAGCGACUAAUAUUCAAAGACAUCAAGCAAAUACUGAUGAUCAGAUAGAUAAACAUAUUCCUUAUCGUUUAUAUCCACGGCGUUUUCCAAUUUUAAUAAUAUUUUGUUUGUGUUCGUUAACAAGUGGUUUUCAAUGGAUUGAAUAUGUUAUUAUACAAAACAUAAUUGUACGUUAUUAUAAUGAAAGUUUACCAUCGGCAGAACACACAGCAAAUGAUAUGGUGACAUGGACAUCACUUCUCUAUAUGGUAACAUACAUACCACUUGCGUUUCCAGCCAUGUGGCUAUUAGAUCGAAAAGGUUUAAAAGUGACAUGUUCAACUGGUGCAUUUUUGAAUGCAUUAGGAGCAUUGAUUAAAUGUGCUAGUGUGAAACCAACAAGAUGGUGGGUUACAUUUACCGGACAGUUUAUUUGUGCAUGUGCACAAUCGUUCACUUUAGGUAUCCCUCCUUUCUUGGCAGCUACAUGGUUUGGUGCAGACUCUGUUUCUACUGUCACAAGCUUGGCAGUAUUUGGUAAUCAAGUUGGUAUUGCCCUGGGUUGUGUGAUACCUGCGUCACUCGUACCUGACGUGGAUGAUUUAGAUUUGAUUGGCCGCCGUUUACAAAUCUUAUUCUUUUCUGUUGGUGCUAUUUGUACUCUUGUUUUUAUUUCAAUGAUUGUGGUCUUUAGACGUCUUCCACCAACUCCGCCGAGUCGAGCACAAGCUCAAUCAUUACAAACAGUUGAACAAAAUUAUGGCAAGACAUUAAAGCGUUUAAUUUGUAAUCGAUGGUUUCUUUUAUUAUUACUGUCAUAUGGUCUGAGCACAGGAUCAUUUUAUGCUGUAUCAACAUUACUCAAUCCGAUUUAUCUGUCGUACUUUGAUAAACAAACUGAAUCAGCCAGCCGAUACGCAGGUGUGAUUGGAAUGUUGUUAAUAUUAGGGGGAAUUCCUGGCGCAUUAUUAGCUGGGUUUAUCUUAGAUCGAACGAAAGCUUACAAAAUAGUUACUUUUGGUGUUUAUUUACUUUCGUUUCUGGCCACGUUAUUAUUUACACUAACAAUUCAAUUUCAUAAAUUUGUAGCGUUUUUUACAAUGACUUUACUCGGGUUCUUUAUGACGGGUUAUCUUCCAGUUGGAUUUGAGUAUGGUGUGGAAAUAACUUACCCACAGAAUGAAGCCAUAUCGGGAAGUUUACUUAAUGUUGCUUCUCAAAUAUUUGGUUUAACUAUAACAAAAUUACAAGAAAUUUUAAUUUUUAAAUAUGGCAAAGUAUUUUGGUCAAAUUUGAUGCUUUGUAUUGUUCUUGCAGUAGGAACUAUUAUUACUGGUCUAAUUCGAUCUCCACUUCGGCGACAACAAGCACAAAAAGGACCAGAUGUUCUAAUCGUCAACUAG